CUUUUAAAGAAAGAAUCACCAGAGUUAUUGACCCUUAUUGAGGAUUUUAAAAAUAAGUUAACAGAAGUAAAAGAAACCAUACAGCCAUUGUUUAAACUGGUACAAGAAGGCAAGAUAGUAAAUAAAGCUGCAGAUUAUAUUAAAGUUAAAUUCCACCUGAAUUUAAGUUACUGUGUAAAUAUCAGCUUCUAUUUAAUGUUAAAAGCCAAACAUAUACCAACUAUGAACCAUCCAGUUAUUAAACGUCUAGUGCAAUAUAGAAAGUUAAUAAAAGAGUUAGAACCAGUAGAUAAGAAAUUAGAGAAAGAUAUUACAAAUAUAAUGGAUAAAUUACACAGAGGGGAAGAAAUCAACUUUGCUCCUUUACCAGAAGAAGAAACAGAAAAACCAGUUUUUAAGAGGAGAGAGGUAAAAGACAGCGUGAGAAAGAGGGUAGAAGAAAGAAGACAGAUGGGAGAUUCUGAUUCAGAAGCAGAAAAUAAACAACAGAAAAAGAUGAAAGCGUAUAGACAAGCUGCUGGGGAGUUUGAUGAUAAUAAUAAUGAUGAUGAGACAGUAGAUGGAGAUAAAAGAGCUAUUACUAAUCAGAUUCAAAAGAAUCGUGGUUUGACACCAAGUAGAAAAAGAGAAUUAAAGAAUCCUAGAGUUCGACAUCGUCAUAAAUUUAGAAAAGCCAAGAUUAGACGAAAAGGACAGGUGAGAGAGGUGAGAACAGAAUCACGUCGUUAUGGUGGAGAAAUGACUGGUAUUAGAGCUGGCAUCAAGAGAGGAACAAAACUCAAAUAA